CGCCGCCAUCGCUAGGGCCAGCGACGUGGUAGAGAAGGAGGUAAUCGCCGCACACUUCAACACCGUUGUCAGAAUCGGCGAAUCGACUUGAUCCAUAGCCCAUAGUAGCACUUUCGGCACGUGCCUUCGCUCCUCUCGCCGAAAUAGAGCCUCUUAUUCCUCCUCCGUCAACGAAUCCAGCAUCGCGAGUGCUUCCACCUACAUCUCUUCUUGGCCGAUAAUAACAAUGGGAACACCUUCUGGCAUUGCAAGUACAGACACGGGUAUUUAUUCUCCCGUUGCAACGGACAUGCAUAUUGUCAUUUUAAAAAUUCCGAUUUAGCAAUCACUUCUUUUGAUAUUAGAGGUGGAUUUAUGUUGACAUUAUUAUUAGAAGUGGAUUUCUGUACGCAAGCACCGCUGUCACCUUUCGCUUCACCUUGAGGAAUAUUGACUUUCUGGUUAAUCAAAGACCAGGAAGCAUAUUAAAACACAGGAAUGGCUGUAUAAACAGUGAAGUAAGUGCGAUUAGCAAUCGGAAGACCAAUUAUUUCCACAAAACAACCGUUGCCACUGCCCGGCGUAUUCCCCUCUCCGCCGGGGCGCCAUGGAUCCGGACGAGGGGAUCGAAUUCGAUCUCUCCCCGUUCGCCAUCGUGUACAAGAGCGGCCGCGUCCAACGCUCUGGUCUAACGUCGCGGAAGAGCGCCGGCACCGACGCCACCACCGGCGUCACCUCCAAGGACGUUGUCAUCGACGCCGGCACAGGCCUCGCCGCGCGGCUCUUUCUCCCCACGAGCGUCCCGGAGUCCCAGAAGCUCGCCGUCCUCGUCUACUUCCACGGCGGCGCUUACGUCGCCGAGUCGGCCUUCUCCGCCAGGUACACCAGCUACGUCAACGCCCUUGUCGCCGCCGCCCGCGUCGUGGCCGUGUCGGUGGAGUACCGCCUCGCCCCCGAGCACCCGCUCCCCGCCGCCUACGACGACGCGUGGGCCGCGCUCCGCUGGACAGCGACGAGCUGCGUUUCCGCGGGCCCGGAGACGGAGCCGUGGCUGGCCGACCACGGCGACCUCACGCGCAUCUUCGUCGCCGGCAACAGCAGCGGCGGCAACAUGGCGCACAACGUGGUGAUGAGGGCCGGAAAGGAAGGGCUCCGGGGAGGCGCGCGGAUCGAAGGGAUGCUGCUGCUUCACCCGCUGUUCUUGGGCAAGGCUCCGGUGCCGUCGGAAGGCACGGAGUCCACGGAGACCGCCGAGAGGAACUGGCGGUUCGUCUGCGCGGGCAAGUACGGGCUCGACCACCCGUUCUCCAACCCGCUCGUGAUGCCGCCGGAGAAGUGGUCGGUGCUCGGCUGCCGACGGGCGCUGGUGACGGCGGCCGAGCUGGACCUCGCCAGGGACAGAGCGCGCAUGUACGUCGAGGCGCUCCGGGCCAGCGCAUGGGACGGCGAGGAGGCCGUGCUGUACGAGACGGAGGGCGAGGAGCAUAUGUAUUAUUUCUCGAAAGACGCGAGAUCCAACUCCGUCGUGGCGGAGAAGGCGGCCAAGGAAAUGGCCAUUGUUGUGUCCUUCAUCAAGCUCACCAAUCCAUCGGAUUGUAACAUUAGAUCUACGUUGUGAAUCGAAGCCACUCUUACAGUUCGUUUGUGACGAGAGCA